AUGCCUUACAUCAAGUUACCUAAUUUUAAGAUGGGUAUUAACCCAUCUUUAAGAAGCAAAUUGAAUCCACUUGCUUUGACUGGUACCCAAAAAAUUAUGUUAGCUAGCUCUAGAAUUUUCGGUACAAAUAUUAGUGGUAAUUUAAGAAGUGGUAAUUCGGAACUUUAAAAGAAGUUUAGUCCUGAAAAAGAACUUGCUGAAUUUAAUACUUAUGCACACGAUCUUUCUAGCGGUUUCCCUUGGGUUCAAUACUAUGAAUAAAAGGAAAGACAUAAAAUGAUGAUUGAAUUGAGAAAAAUGAGAAUUUUGAUGAGAGGUAUUAAAAUUGGUAAAAAGAAAGGUGGUGGUAAAGUAACUUUAAUGGAUGUCUUUGAGACCAAAGCAGACGAAGAUUUUUGA